UCGGUCCGGAGCGAGGCUCCCAGCCCUCAGUGUGCCCGAGCUCUGGAUGUGGGCCCCCGGCAAGUGCAUCGCGCCGCCACCCAAGAUGGACAGUCGGUACACCAGCACUGCGGGCAUCGGGGACCUGAACCAGCUGAGCGCAGCCAUCCCAGCCACGCGGGUGGAGGUGUCGGUGUCCUGCAGAAAUCUUCUGGACAGAGAUACAUUUUCAAAAUCUGAUCCAAUUUGUGUCUUAUAUGUUCAAGGAGUUGGAAAUAAAGAAUGGAGGGAGUUUGGAAGAACUGAAGUAAUUGAUAAUACUUUAAAUCCUGAUUUCGUAAGAAAAUUUAUUUUGGACUACUUUUUUGAAGAAAGAGAGAAUCUUCGUUUUGACUUGUAUGAUGUUGAUUCAAAGAGCCCCAACUUGUCCAAACAUGACUUUCUGGGACAAGUGUUUUGUACAUUGGGGGAGAUUGUUGGUUCACAGGGAAGUCACCUGGAAAAGCCGAUAGUAGGAAUUCCAGGGAAGAAAUGUGGUACUAUCAUACUUACAGCUGAGGAAUUAAAUUGCUGCAGGGAUGCUGUUUUGAUGCAAUUUUGUGCAAACAAAUUGGACAAGAAGGACUUCUUUGGAAAAUCAGACCCUUUUCUUGUAUUUUAUCGAAGUAAUGAAGAUGGCAGUUUUACAAUUUGUCAUAGAACGGAAGUUGUUAAGAACACUCUGAAUCCUGUAUGGCAGGCGUUCAAGAUCUCAGUUAGAGCUCUGUGUAAUGGUGAUUAUGACAGAACAAUCAAAAUAGAAGUUUAUGACUGGGAUCGGGAUGGAAGUCAUGAUUUCAUUGGAGAAUUUACAACAAGCUAUAGGGAACUUUCUAGAGGACAGUCACAAUUCAACGUAUAUGAGGUUGUGAAUCCUAAAAAAAAAGGAAAAAAGAAAAAAUACACUAAUUCUGGAACAGUAACUUUACUCUCUUUCUUGGUAGAAACUGAAGUCUCAUUCCUUGACUAUAUUAAAGGAGGAACACAGAUCAACUUCACAGUAGCUAUUGAUUUUACUGCAUCAAAUGGUAAUCCUGCUCAGCCCACUUCUCUCCAUUACAUGAAUCCUUACCAACUGAAUGCUUAUGGUAUGGCUCUGAAAGCCGUGGGAGAAAUUGUUCAAGAUUAUGACAGUGACAAAAUGUUCCCAGCUCUAGGAUUUGGUGCAAAACUGCCUCCAGAUGGAAGGAUAUCUCAUGAGUUUGCUUUGAAUGGAAACCCUCAGAACCCCUACUGUGAUGGCAUUGAGGGAGUCAUGGAAGCUUAUUACAGGAGUCUAAAAUCUGUACAGUUGUAUGGACCAACCAACUUUGCUCCUGUAAUUAAUCAUGUAGCAAGAUAUGCUUCUUCUGUAAAAGAUGGCUCCCAGUAUUUUGUCCUCCUGAUCGUGACAGAUGGUGUUAUCUCAGAUAUGGCUCAAACUAAAGAGUCCAUUGUUAACGCCUCAAAACUUCCAAUGUCCAUAAUUAUAGUAGGUGUUGGACCUGCAGAAUUUGAUGCAAUGGUCGAGUUGGAUGGAGAUGAUGUCAGAGUCUCUUCCAGAGGGAAGUAUGCUGAGAGGGAUAUUGUGCAGUUUGUGCCAUUCAGAGAUUAUAUUGACCGAAGUGGAAACCACAUCCUGAGCAUGGCUCGACUGGCUAAAGAUGUGCUAGCUGAGAUCCCCGAGCAAUUUCUCUCCUACAUGAGGGCCCAUGGAAUCAAGCCAUCGCCAGCACCUCCCCCAUAUACCCCACCUACACACGUGUUACAGACGCAAAUAUGACUGUGCUCCGGAACGCUUACCCAAAUAAAUGUUCACUACACGACAGUGACCACUGCUGAGGCAAUGUCUGCGCCUGGUGCUCUGUCAUGAACCAGGGAACGAGAUCCUUUUCUCAGUUUGGUAACAGCAGUACUGGUUAAUGUGCUUUCUUGGAUCCAAAAUUAAUCUCUUCGUAAACCAAAAUUGUAAAUAUGGUUGUUGCAUGAGCAACAGAAACCUUGUUUAAAGGCUUGAAGCAAAAUAUGGAUGUCUUCUCUGAAUCUUUAGUAAGUUUGGUUUGUUGUUUGUUUGGGGUUUUUUUCCACAGAAACAGCUAAUUUCCAAUGUAUUGUUGGAAAAAAGCACAACCAACCUUUUUAACUCUAUAAUUAUGUCCUCGACUGCUGUGCAUAUAGGGAAGCAGUCUUUCUGUAUCGAUGUUUACAUGUUACUACUUUUUAAAUUUCAAUACUUUUAUAACUGUUCUUAAGAAUAAGAGUUUUGAAUAAUGAAUCCUUUGUCUUCUAACUUGCAAUAGCUAUAAUCACAAGAGCAAUAUCUCUUUGAAUGGCUGUCUUGGAUCAGUGCAAUUGCAAGGAAGGAAAGAGAAAGAAAUACUUUCCUAUUUCUCAGUCACUGGAUUGUGUCUUACGAAGCUGCAUCUGCUUAGUAAUCAGUUUCUCUGCUGUUUGCCAAGUACAGGAGUUUACGCUUAGCAGAUGUGAAUCCUGUAAGAACAUGCAUUUUUCAUGGAGGUUGGGUUCUAAAUUUAGACUUCAGUCAGUUUGUGUUUUGUAUUGCUAAGUAGAAAAUAAUAAGAAGUCAAACAUUGUGAACUGUUAAUGCACACUUUGUGUAAAAAGUAGCAUCUUUAUAAUGGUAUUUAGAAAGACUAAAACCAAGAAUAUUUACCUUUGAAUCAUGUAGCAGAUGUUUUAAACUUUCUAUUCCAUUAUAUAUUGUCUAGCUAUUUUAAUUCAAAGGGAUACUGCCUCUCUUGAUUUGUAUUCCUUCUGAUCACCUUUCCACGUUGCCUCACAGGGUGCAUAAGCUGGAGGUCCUUUGUGAAAUUCUCAGUUAAAUAUACACAACCUUGUGACUUAGUGCACAACACAUUUGUGAGAAAACCUGAUCCUAUAUACUGAUCUGCCUGUCCACAAUUAACUGUAAAGAGUUUUUGCAUGUACAGUUUUUACAAAUUUUUGUGAUGUGUCAAAAUUAAAGCAUUUCUUUAGAACAAAUGGCCUUAAAUUCUCACAGAAUUCCUGGAAAUGAUUGUGAAUUGCCUUCAAAUAAUAGAAAAGUGUGUGUAACAUUUUUCCUCUUGUGUCAACACUGUAACUGCUUUAUAUUUUUUUCUUACCUAUAUCCUGUUUACUACUUGGUUUCUUUUUACUGUAUGUUACUCUACUUGUCCCAAGUUGACUUAGAGUGACUUUUAUAAGCAUGAAGAUAUUUUAUUGAAAAGAAAAUAUAUACAUACCACAUAUCUCCAGUAUCAAUGGUAUAUAUAAUUAUGUAAUUCAAAAAUUGUCCAUUUUUAUGUAUUAAAAUGUUUAAAAGAUAACUAUUUGCUCUGUAAAUUUCAUGUAUGGAUAACAUGAAGUCUAAUUACUUACUUUACUGAUCUCCACUAUUGAUGCCAAUAUAGUUUACAUAUACUUUUUUUUAAUUCACCUUCAUCCUGCUGUCCAGAAAACAAAAAUAAACAAGAUCAAUAUUCAUU